CAAUCAUUUUGUACCUCAUGUUCCGAGGAACUACAUUUAUACAUAUGUAUAUCUGUUGAGGAAAUGCAAUAGCAAAUUUGUGACUAAAGAUUGUGAAAGUUAUCGUGAAAACAAUAAUUGUAUAGUGAACUGCUUGUUCCGAAAUAUAAAAUAGGAAGAACAAAACUGUUAAGCCAAAUGUACUAUCUCGUGGCGUACAGUUAGCAAUAAUUACAGCCGAAAGGCUGUAUCAAUAAAAAAUAUAUAAGACGGGAACAUAAAUAAUUAAGCAUAUCAACAUCAAUAUCAACGCAAGUCUGCAGUAUACACCACCCAAAUAUGUCGGCCCACAUUUAGAAAAUCGAUAUUAAUUCUAGUCAAACUGAGUUUUGAAUGGUGAAAUUCUGGAGCUAUCAGUAUAGUUUUGGCUACUUAACAAUUUUAUUGUGCUACAGAAUUAAAACGCAAUUCAACAUUAAAUAUAUUAUAUAAUUGCCCAUAGAAGGUUUCCUGUUACAGAGGUUAGUUUAAUUAUACAACCGCCUGAUUCUGAAAUGGUAAAAGGCCACACUGGGACACUAACAAUGCGACUUGUUCGGAAUAAAUUACGAAAACGCGACGAAACCUGUAGUGAAUACAAAAAAAGUGAAGUCAAGGAGCAUCAGGACAAUGGAGAUUAUCAGGGUCUAAAUAGUUAUGAAAAUUCUGAAACCCAGCCCAAUAAAAUUUGUAACAAUUUUAUUGAAGACAACCAACAUGUAAAAUUUCUACGAACUAGUGGCGUUGCUGCUGAAGUUGUUGAGCAUGGAAAUGUAGAAGACAAUCCAGAGUGGACGUUUCCUCCAAAAGCACCAUCGCCUCAUAUCUAUCAUAUAAACCCGGAGAUGUUGGUAGCUACCGAUAAAAUAGGCUUCAGAGGAUUCCGCAAACAAUUCAGUGGUCGGUUUAAGCGUUUAGUUGCCCGAAAGCUUGAACCUGCACCAGUGAUACCCCCAGAAUUAAAACCGCAACUAAAAACAAUAUAUGUAUAUUAACAAAUUUAUAAAUAUACAUGCACA